CCACCUGUCCUUCAUGUCCUCCUGCUCUCCCUAUAGAUGAGUCCCGAAUCCCUGCAGGGGGGAAAUCUCAGCAGCCCCACCUCAUUCCUUCUCUUGGGGUUUUCCAGUGCCUACAAAGCACAGGUGGCCCUCUGCCUGGGUUUCUCGCUCAUUUACCUGGUGACUCUGCUGGGGAACCUGCUCAUAAUGAACCUCGUCUGGCUGGACGCUCACCUGCACUCCCCCAUGUAUUACUUCCUGGGCCACCUCUCCUUCCUGGAUAUCUGCUACUCCACCGUCACAGUCCCUAAGAUCCUCAAGGACUCCUUCUCACCACAGAAGACCAUUUCCUUUGUGGGCUGCAUCACACAGAUCUACUUCUUCCUUUGCUUUGGGGGCUCUGAGUGUGUGCUCCUGGCUGCCAUGGCCUACGAUCGGUACCUGGCCAUCUGCCGCCCCCUUCACUAUGCAGCGCUCAUGAGCAAGAAGGUUUGCCACUGCUUAGUGGCUGUUUCAUGGUUGAGCGGCUCCUUCUCAUCUCUGAUCCAGGCCUUUCUCACAGCCCACUUACACUUCUGUGGGUCCAGUGUGAUCAAUCACUUGUUCUGUGAGAUACCCUUCUUGCUGAAUGUGUCCUGCAGCCCUAAUGCUCGCCUCAACAAGGCUGUCCUGUAUGCUUUGGCUGGGACUAUUGCCAUGGGCUCUUUCCUCCUUACUCUCAUGUCGUAUGUUCACAUCCUCUGGGCUGUCCUCCAGAAGGGAGCAGGGGGGCAGAAGGCCUUUGCCACCUGCACCUCCCACCUGACUGUGGUGUUCCUGUUCUUUGGUGCUGGGGCCAUUGCCUACCUGCUGCCGCACUCCAGCACCUCCAAGGAGAUGGGCAAGGUCCUCGCCCUGCUGUACGCCAUCAUAACCCCCAUGUUGAAUCCCAUCAUUUACAGCUUGAGAAAUAACGAAGUCCAGGGGGCCAUCAGGAAAGCCCUGCACAGGGUGUUGUCACAGAGAUCCACCAAGGACACAGGCAGGGCUGCGGAGCAGCCCCUGCCCUCACCAUGCACGGAGGGCAGCUGCUGA